AAGUUCAUACAUUUAUAAUACAUAAUUAAAUGUAAACGUUAAAUACACCUUUAAUCAACAUUUCGGGGGAAAAGAUAUAGCUGUAAUAUUUUAAAGGCUGAUUUCCAGUGUAUUAAUGCAACGUGUGGUGAAAACCAGGUACUGGGUAAUACCACCCCUGUGAUGAAGCAUGCUGGUGGCAGCAUCGCACCAUGGGUGCACUGAAUAAAGGCUCUGAACACACACCUAAACGAGAGACUUCCAUUUUUAUUAUUUUUAAUACGUUUGCAAAGAUUCAGAAUAAUUUUCAGGUUAUUGUGCGUAGACUGACGGCACAAAACGCAUUUAAAAUUGAAUCUAUAACAGUAGAGAAAGUGUUGUGUAGCCACUGUGUGUGUGUGUGUGUUUGUGUGUGUAGAUUCAUGACUGAAGCAGCACGCAGGGAGCAGGAGAACCAGAAGAAGAAGGUGCAGCCGAAACUGGCGCUUUCAGCCACCGGAAACGUCUCCCGUAACAUGUCCACGCCCCCUCGCCAUAGCAACGGCAGUCUGACCCCGCCUGUGACUCCGCCCAUCACUCCUUCAUCUUCCUUCCGCAGCAGCACACCCACAGGCAGCGAGUGUGAUGAAGAGGAGGUCGAGUAUGAAGACUCGGACAGCGACGAGUCCUGGACUACGGAGAGUGCGAUCAGUUCCGAGUCCAUCCUGAGCUCCAUGUGCAUGAACGGAGGAGACGAGAAGCCCUUUGCCUGUCCUGUACCUGGCUGCAAGAAGAGAUACAAGAACGUGAACGGUAUAAAGUACCACGCCAAGAACGGACACAGGACGCAGAUCCGCGUGAGGAAGCCCUUCAAGUGCCGCUGUGGGAAAAGCUACAAAACCUCUCAAGGGCUCAGGCACCAUACCAUCAACUUCCACCCCCCACUGUGAUUAUUACACACACACACACACACACACACACACACACUACUCAUAUUGCUUCAAAAUGUACGUACUCACCUGCACGCAGUAUGACAUCAGCUUCCUGCUGGUACCUUUUCUGUUCUUUAUUUUAUUAGAUUUUUUUAUUUUUAUUUAUUUAUUUUAAAAAUAAUUUCAAAUAUUCGUCUGUUUUGUAAGUGUUAGUGUUUUGCACGAUACUUUCAUGUCGUUAUUUGGCUUUUAACAGCCGUUCAGUAAUUAUUAUUGUCCAGCGAGGCUGAGAGAUUUAAUUUACAGACGUGUGUAUAU